AUAAUGCAUACUUAUUAGCUUUUUCUCUUUAAAAAAGUGCUUGCAUAACUGAUUUUAAAAAUUAGAUUUUUCGCUUUCAGAAAAAAAAAAAUUAGCCGUUGCAUCAGAACUUUGAAUGGUCUAAAAUACUGUGAUGUCGGAUUUUCAAUAUCUUUUCUAGUUUACGAGAUCUAAACGGGACGGACGGACAGACGGACAGACGGUCAGACGGACAGACGAACAGACAUUUCGCACAAAACUAAUAGCGUCUUUUCCCCUUUCGGGGGCCGCUAAAAAGUACUGCAUCAUUGAACCAUUCAAAACAAGUGUUGCUGCUGAAGUAGACUAUGCCAAAGAAGACGUCGAAGUGAAAGCUAUACAUGAUGCAAUAAAAUCUAACGAUGACAACACAAUAGAUUUAAGUCAAACGAAGGAAGACGCCAGCCAAGACGAAGGUUCUGAUCAGAAUGAAGACUCCAAAGAUCAAGUUGAAACUUAUCACUAUUAUUCAUAGCUAAUGACAACACCUGAAUCAAUGUAAAAAAAAUAAUUUGUCAUAGUGGAAAUUGUAGAAUGCUAACAGGAGAUAAUACCAAUAUUAAUAAGGUAUACAGCAGUAAUUGAACAGUGCUCUCAACCGCCAUAUUCUUCUAUUAGACCGGAAGAAACUAUUGAGCCUAAGUCAUAUUUUUACUACGUGGAUAUGGCUAUAAGUAAACUUCAAUUAAAAUAAUCUGUCGAAUUGUUGGCCCGAAAUGUGUAUAGUAAAGUUCCCCUUUCAGACCUUGCGAUCUAUAGGGCAGAUGAUGUAAGUGUCAUCUGUUUCUGUGGCCAACGGUUAACAAAGGUGUCAUGUGGCCAGCACAACGACCAACCGCCUUUACAUUUCCCCAACUAAUUUCAGAUACCCAUUAGAGCUGGGUGGAAUGAUAAAGAUUUCGAAAUUCAAAAUUCCUGUCUUCACCGAGAUUCGAAUCCAGGAUCGCCACUUCUGAAGCCACCGCGUCUUCCUUGAAUUGUGUAGUUCUCCAAAAAUGAUUUCCAGGCUCAAAUACUGUAAUAAAAGUAUUGCCACCCAUGAGCCUAAACAGUCGUUAGAUUUAGAAGUGACUGCUAUUUACGAAGCUAUAAGUAAAAGUGAAGAAAUCAAGAACUCACUAUAUGUGGGAGAAAAACUCGAAGAUUCAACUCACCAAGACAGCAUUAAAGACUCAAUUAAAAUUGAUAGUAAUCGAUCUGAACUUAAAGGUUUCGACCACCUCGAAAGCUUUAUAAACAAGUACGAGAAUGACCCAGUUCAAAUCUCAGACCGUUUACGAAAGUUUCGCAGCAGAACAGAUGACAGUGACGACACAUUGCUGCAUACGGCAGCUCUCCUGAGCGGAGACGUUCGGCUCAUAAAGCUUCUAAUGGAGAACUGCCCAGAAUUAAUCUCCAUCCCAAGAACAGGAAGUUAUCAAGGACAAACUGCUUUGCAUAUAACAAUAGCUAAAGGAAAAGAAAAGGCGACCGAAGCUAUACUCAACAAUCUUAAAGAAGAAAAAAAAGCCAACAUAUUGUCAAUGAAAGGCACGGGGUCAAAGUUCAAGAAUAACAUAAUGAUGGGAGAGACUGUGUUCUCUGUAGCUGUAUUAACUCUAAAACCUGAGAUGGUAGAUCUUCUGCUGAGGCACGGCGCUCCUAUUGAAGAAGUCAACAGCAAGGGAGAUAAUGUUAUUCAUACAUUAAUUAAAUAUGCGGCUCUUAAACCUGACAGUAUACCCAAAAUUAUCAAAAUGUUAAAGCACUUGAGAGAAAAAACAUUUAAAGAUCCGGACAAAAAAGACAUGUUAAUUGCAAAAUUAUGGUUUGGAGAAAAUGAAAAUUUAGAGACGCCAUUAAAGUUGUCCGUUUCCAGAGGGUUAGUAGAUGUCUUCAACGCACUGAUGAAGAUGAAAUCUAUAUUCUACUUUCCUUGUGAAAACGACGGAAGUUUCGACUUACGCUUCUAUGACAUAACAGAGAUCGACCACAUCAAUCAGCUGGAAUACACAAAAAACAAGUUAGAGAAGACACCCAUCUCCAGCUCCUGCUGCCCCAGCUGCUCCUUCUCCUGCUACUCCUGCUGCCCCCGUUGCACCAGCUGCUGCACCUGCUGCAGAUGCUACUGUUGCUCCAGCUGCUUCUUUGUUAAGAAACGAAUUUCUAUUACUGAAAAGCUUUGCGAUCUUAAGUGGGAAACAGCAUUGCCUUUUAUUGAUGACUAUAAAGUUCCCAUAAUCAAAGCCGUCAUGUCCAAAAGAUACAAUAACAAAAGCCUAAAGUUUGUUUACAUUCUGUACGCUUUUACCCACUUAAUUAUGUUGCUACUUUUUACAAUCUCCAUUUUCUACAGAAAGUAUGUUGCCAAUACAAAAUGCAGCGACAGCUGCAGAAAUGAAUAUAAUGUAAGCCAAGUGGUGCCCUGGAUUCUUAUGGUUUACGGCUUUGCAAUGAUAGCUUUAGAGUUUGUGAGAUGUCUGGGUUUAAAAAAAAUUGACUUGGUUUUUAAACCUUACAAAAAAAGUCAAAUAAAAGGGGAAUUCUUAAAAGAAAUAGGCAGACGCCUGAUAAUGAGAUAUCACCAGAAUGACUUGUACAGAAUUGGACAAUUAGUAUUCGCUGUCUGUUUAGUGGUCGAUUGUUUUAUGUUUAAUGUCCAAAAGGAGGACAAAAAUGAUCUGACCGUGACCGCUCUCUUUUCUGGCGUCUGGUUCACAUUCUUUUUCUUUAAAGGAUUGGACAAGUUCUCUAUCUACACGGUCAUGUUUCAGAAAGUCAUUAUGGGAGAUAUGUUUCGUUUUGGUAUCUGGAUAGUGAUUGAGUUCACGGCGUUUUGUUUCGCUAUGUAUAUCGUUCUGAGUGAUAACAUCAAUGAAGUAGAAGAGUUCAGUACAUUUACGAAUACAACAUUAACCAUGUUUUCUUACAUGCUUGGCCUCAAGGAUUUGUCUUUCCUAGACCAAGUGGAUGGCACAACUCAGCAUCUGGUGGCCAUUAUCUAUGUCUUAUGUAUAAUCGUCACAUAUAUACUGCUGAUCAACUCACUGAUCGCUAUGAUGUCUAAAAAUGCAGAGGAUACUUUUAAACAUCGAAAGUCCAUGAUUCUCUUACAGAAGUUCUCCGUCGUCCUGUUCUUGGACGCCAUUUUUUUAAUAUUCUGUUUACAUAAACCGAUCAAUGAAAGAUUGUCUUCCGGUACAAUCUCCAAUUCAAGAAAAGACAAUCCAAAAAAAGACAGAUUCUACCUGGCCAUAAAAACAGAAAAUACAGGUAAAUUUAAACGACAAAAUAAAGACGGAAGCAGUUUGAGAAAUGUAACUUUAAGAGAUUUAAGAAACGAUUUGCUUCAAACCAAACAAACAAUUUCAAAGGAAAGAAAAAAAAUGUUUGACAUUUUAAAAGAUUUACCCAUUAAAGCACAAACGCCACAUACACCCUCAUUUGAAGGUGGUGAAGAUUCACAAAGUAAAACGGAAUAUGUGAUUGACAUAAGAUCAGAGCCCCGGAUUCCUGAUGAAAGUGACCCAGUGCUUGAUAUAGACAAUCAAUUUUAAAGAAACAAAGUGUUUUAACGAGGACGGAUCAACAAACGCAGUGCAGACUGAGUGACGUCCCGUGGACAAUAAAAAUUUAAAUUUAUAAGUAAUGUAUUUUUCUAUGUUCAAAAAUAUUAGCUUUUAGAUUUAGUCAUUAAUAUUAUUCAGUGCAUUUUUUAUAUAACAACAAGCAAAAUACACACAAAAAAUACUUUAAAAAACAACAAAUUUUGUAUUUAGUGUAGUUGUAUCAAUGAAUCUAAAUCUGUCAUGUAAUUAAAUUUGUAAUAGAUCAAGGUUAUCAAUAAUAAAUCUGUGCGAAUAGAAAUAAUUUUGCCAAUUUGCUAUCUCUUGCUUUUAGCUUUCUCACUAAGCUAUGAUCCUAUCACUUUCUCACUAAGCUAUGAUCCUAUCACUUUCUCACUAAGCUAUGAUCCUAUCACUUUCUCACUAAUCUAUGAUCCUAUCACUUUCUCACUAAGCUAUGAUCCUAUCACUUUCUCACUAAUCUAUGACCUAUCACUUUCUCACUAAGCUAUGACCUAUCACUUUCUCACUAAGCUAUGAUCCUAUCACUUUCUCACUAAGCUAUGAUCCUAUCACUUUCUCGCUAAGCUAUGACCUAUCACUUUCUCACUAAGCUAUGAUCCUAUCACUUUCUCGCUAAGCUAUGAUCCUAUCACUUUCUCGCUAAGCUAUGACCUAUCACUUUCUCACUAAUCUAUGACCUGUCACUUUCUCACUAAGCUAUGACCUAUCACUUUCUCACUAAGCUAUGACCUAUCACUUUCUCGCUAAGCUAUGAUCCUAUCACUUUCUCACUAAUUUAUGACCUAUCACUUUCUCACUAAGCUAUGACCUAUCACUUUCUCACUAAUCUAUGACCUAUCACUUUCUCACUAAGCUAUGACCUAUCACUUUCUCACUAAGCUAUGACCUAUCACUUUCUCGCUAAUCUAUGAUCCUAUCACUUUCUCGCUAAGCUAUGAUCCUAUCACUUUCUCACUAAGCUAUGAUCCUAUCACUUUCUCACUAAUCUAUGACCUAUCACUUUCUCACUAAUCUAUGACCUAUCACUUUCUCACUAAGCUAUCACCAAUCACUUUCUCACUAAUCUAUGACCUAUCACUUUCUCACUAAGCUAUGACCUAUCACUUUCUCACUAAUCUAUGACCUAUCUCUUUCUUACUAAGCUAUGACCUAUCACUUUCUCACUAAGCUAUGAUCCUAUCACUUUUUCGCUAAGCUAUGACCUAUCACUUUCUCACUAAGCUAUGACCUAUCACUUUCUCGCUAAGCUAUGAUCCUAUCAUUUUCUCGCUAAGCUAUGAUCCUAUCACUUUCUCACUAAGCUAUGAUCCUAUCACUUUCUCGCUAAGCUAUGAUCCUAUCACUUUCUCACUAAGCUAUGAUCCUAUCACUUGCUGGGACAAUUUGGAAAGUGUAUAGGGGAGAAGGAAGGGGGUAUCUGGGUGAUCGCUUUUUAAAUGUAUUUUUUUUUUAAGUGAACGAUCUGUAUUCAAACUCUGAGGCUAAAGGCUUCUCAGCCUCCACAAGUCAAAACGGUAACCGCUGUGCCAGGGAUGAAACUAGGUUAAUAGCUAGUUAUAGUUAUUUACAACUUUUCUUCCUACAAACAAUAAAAUAAGAGGCUAAUUCAACUUAUACUUCCUUAUCAGUCAAGUAAAUUUUUUUCCCUUGUUCGAGAUACAAAACAAAUAAUUAAUUACCAAUAGUUAAUACAAUUUUAUUUUAUUAAUCAUUGUGUUGGCAUGUAAAAGAAAUAAGUAUGCCAAAUUUCAGUUUGAUCCAAGAUUGGGUGUGGGGAACAUAGCGUGCAUACAUUUUACCAGACAGACAGAAAGAGUGAGUUGAUAUGAGCUUUGUUAAAACAACAACAUUCGAAAGAGAGUCGAAGUCUUUAGCAAUGGUAUCGAGCAACUUAUUUUUAUUUGAAAAUAACGAUACUGUAUCUAUUUUGAUCAAGAACAACCAGAGGCCGAGACAGUCAACUGAACGAGUAGCGAUACUGUCACUUGCCUUCAUGGAUGCGUGUAUUUCCAUAUCGCAGGAGUCAGUGUUUUAAUUAAAUAUUUUAUAUUGUUAUUCUGUGAUGUUAAAUGGAUAUUACAAAAUAUGCAUAUUAGAGUAGGAAUAAGAUUUAAUGUACAUUUAGGCUUAAUCUAGUUCUUUCUUUAAAAAAAAACGUCAUACUUUAGAGUUAUUAAUAUUUUAAGUGCAUUAGCCUAAAUUAAAGCUUGUAGAGGUUAAGGGGUCUCAACUUACUAAAGCCACAAUAUAGGAUGUAUGGAUUUACUUGGCCCGUGUAUUAAAUAUAUUAUUUUAAUUAUUCAUUGAUAGACUUAUAUUUAUAACUUGAGAUUAAUUAAUUCAUUUAUAUAUUUAUAACCUGCCUUAUUUAUGUAUUGAUAUAUGGAUAACCGGCUAUUAUUUUUUUUUUUUAUGACUCUGUUAGUCAAUAUUU